AUGACCUUUUCCAUCGAAGCUGGAGGAUCAUGGACAAAUGUUCGAAUAGGUCAAAAUCUUGGCGACGAGAUUAUUCAAGGCAAAACAAAAAAGAGGAAAAUCAUUACACAUGGCUCCUCAAGUGAACAAUGCCCGCAGUCGGUUUCAGUGAUGCAUUCCGUGUCGAAAAUAAUGACACUAUUACGUCAUUCGAAGGAAAAUACUCCCCCACGUUAUGAUCCAGUGGAACUGCCUCCACCAAUUAUUGAGUCGUCCUUAUACUUGAUUGUGUCGGGCUAUGAGGAUCGGGAGUAUUUGAAUUGUAUGAUGAGUAAGUAG